AUGUCACUGCGGGUGGCUUCGCUGCUGACCAUUGGUGCCGGCGCCCUGGGAUACUACGUCUACGAUCCCGUCGGAUGCCAGCACGCAGCAAUCGCGGUCCUGAGAUCCUACCGCACCGCUGCCUCGGUCAUCUCCAUCGUCUGGGACUACAAAUCGACGCUGUCCAAGGACAAGCAGCCCGAGGUUAUCGGCUGGGAUGCAUAUUCCGACCUCAAGUCGCAGGUCCACCAGCGCUCGGCCGAGAAGCUCCUAGCGCUGUGCCGGCUCCAGGGAGGCACCUACAUCAAACUGGGUCAACACAUCUCGGCUCUGGUCUUUCUGCUGCCGUCCGAGUACACCGAGACCAUGAAGCCAUUGCAGGACCAGUGCCCGCCAUCGUCCAUCGAGGAAAUCGACGCCAUGCUCAAGCAGGACCUGGGCUCCUCGAUUGCGGACCUCUUUGAGGAGUUUGACCCCAAGCCUCUCGGCGUGGCCUCGCUCGCCCAGGUCCACAAGGCCAGGCUCAGAUCCAACGGUCGCGAGGUGGCCGUCAAGCUGCAGCAUCCAUCGCUCGACGAGUUUGUCAACAUCGACAUCCAGGGCGUCGCUGGCAUCGUCAGUUGGAUCAAGUAUGCUUUCCCUGAGUUUGAAUUCGACUGGCUCGCGACAGAGAUGAAGCUGUCGCUGCCCAAGGAGCUCGACUUCAAGCAUGAAAUGGAAAACUCGGUCCAGGUCGCCAAGAACUUUGCAAACGAGCCCAUCCUCAUGAUCCCGGAGGUGUACUGGGCGAGCCGUCGGGUGCUCAUCAUGGAGUUCGCCCAGGGCUCCCGCAUCGACGAUCUCAAGUACAUGAACCAGCACAACAUCAACCCCGUGCGUGUGUCCGCGGCCCUGACCCGGCUGUACUCGGAAAUGAUAUUUAUGCACGGAUUUGUCCACUGCGAUCCUCAUCCCGGAAACCUCUUUGUGCGUCCAAAGUCUGCCACCCGGCGCACCUGGCUUUCGUUCUUUGCCCGAACCCCUCAUAAUCCUGAAAACUUUGAGAUCGUCCUGUUGGACCACGGUCUCUACCGCACCCUUUCCCGCGAAUUCCGACUCGACUAUGCCCAUCUUUGGGCGGCCUGCAUCCGAGGCGACGAGCACGCGAUCGAGGAGUAUUCGUACAAGAUCUUCACGAAGUACGACCGCCAUGUUACCGAGCGAGCCGACGGAGACAUCACCCACCACCGGCUGUUCGCCUCGAUGCUGACCGGACGCACCUGGGAUGUCAUCUCGGGCAGCGGGACUGGGCUAGCCACGGUGCGCACUCGCGGGGAGGUCAACCGCAUCCAAAACAACGCCAGCUCUGGCCGGUUCUACAUCGCCCUGGCCGAGAUUCUGGCCAAGCUUCCCAGAGAGAUGCUGCUGCUGCUCAAGACGAACGAUCUCUUGCGAUCCGUCGACGAGGCUCUCGGCGUGACGGGCUCGGAUCAGGAGCACAUGAUGCGCAUGGUCUCUGUCAUGGGCUGGUACUGCGCUCUCACCAUCCAUAUCAACACCGUUGCCGAGAUCUUGGCCGGAAGAGGCUGGGCGGCGGCUUCUGAAACGGAUCAGACCCCGCUGGCUCACGGCUUGACUCUGCAGUCACUCAGCAUGUGGGCGGAUCUCCUGAAGAGCCCACGCUACAUUGAUUCGCUAGCCAGCUUUUGGGCUGUCGGGUUCAAGAUGCUGCUGUUGGAUCUUCUGGUUGUUGUUCCCUUUUGGCACUAA